GAUUCUGUUACACAACAGGCGGAAGUUGCUGUGGGAAGAUUUGAAAUCGUAAAUUUUUAUUUUUCAGAGUGUUUUCUGUUUGCUUCAGUAUUUACAGGAAUAUUAGUAAGACAUAUUUGUGUUUUUAUUAACAAUAUUAUCGCUAACAGACCGCUACACUAUGGACAUACCGAGCUAUUAUCGCUAACCAGUCGGUGGUCUUUUUUAUCCACCUGUUCUCCGGUGUAAAAAGGCGUGUUAGCGGAUUGUGCCGGAAAAGAGUUAGAUCUGAUGUUGUGGGCGGAGCCGAGAUGUUGAUUGACAUCUCCCAUCAUGCCCUGCUGCGCCCCCUGAGCCGCAAUGAGGUGGUGGGCAUGUUAGUGAGACUCACCAUCUUUGGUGCAGCUACAUACUACGGCAUCAGAUGGGUGGUGGAGGCUCUGGACCCGACACAGAGACAGAAGUCAGACGCUAAGAAGAGGGCUGACCAGAUGAUGAGAAGGAUCGGGGUUGAGGGACUGAGUCUGACUGAGUAUGAGAUGAACAUCGCUUCUCACCUGGUGGACCCUCGCAGUAUGAAGGUCACGUGGACAGACGUUGCAGGUCUUGAUGACAUCAUCACUCAGCUGCAAGACUCCGUCAUCCUGCCUAUACAGAAACGUCAUCUGUUCAGAGGAUCCAAACUUUUACAACCACCCAGAGGUGUGUUGUUAUACGGUCCUCCUGGCUGUGGGAAAACUUUAAUAGCGAAGGCAGCGGCCAAAACCUCAGGCUGUCGGUUCAUCAACCUCCAGGUCUCCACUUUGACUGACAAGUGGUACGGCGAAUCAGAAAAGCUCACUGCUGCUGUCUUCUCAUUGGCUGUUAAACUACAACCCUGCAUCAUCUUCAUCGAUGAGAUAGACUCGUUUCUGAGGUGUCGCUCCAGUUUGGAUCACGAGGCCACGGCAAUAAUGAAAGCUCAGUUUAUGAGCCUGUGGGACGGACUGGAGACUGGCCCUGACACUCAGGUGAUGGUGAUGGGGGCCACUAACAGGCCACAGGACGUGGACAUAGCAAUCCGACGCAGAAUGCCAACAGCUUUCUACGUGAGACUUCCUGAUAAAGCUCAGAGGAAGGAGAUCCUUCACCUCAUACUGUCUGGAGAACACCUGAGUACGGCGGUGAAUCUGAUGGAGAUAGCCGAGCAGACGGAGGGAUUUUCAGGCAGUGAUCUGAGGGAGGUGUGUCGCGAUGCUGCUCUGUACAGAGUCAGAGAUUUUAUACGCAAACAGCAGAUGAAACAAAUCACACAGCAGCUACGACUCCAUCAAGAUGAAGAUGAGACAGAGGACCGUCUGUGUCUGAGGCCAAUCACGCAGCUUGACCUGCUGUUCGGACUGGAUAAGAUGAACGAGUCGAAACAGGCCACAGCUCCGACUCCCACCAGUGAGGUGUUUGUGGACUAAAACCAGGAUUCUAACCCAUAUUAUCAGUACUAAUGUUCACAUUGUGUUACUCUGAGUGUUCUUAGAAAUGUUGUUGUUUUUUUAUUUUCAUUUCUUCUUUAAUAAUAGGUGUAAGUUGAUGCCGUUGGCUUUUGCAUGUAGCCAGAAGGUUGUGAGUUCACAUUCCAACACUGAAAGAGAGCCUCCUGUUAAUAUUAUAAAACUGUUAUUAACUCUGUAUUUAUAAAUCUAUGCAGAUAAUAUUAAUAAAAUAAGAGAUUCCUAUGAGAUUAGUCUCACAGCCAAUCACAAGCUGCUUGUCCACACUAAAUGAAUCCAUACUACAGUAAAUAGAUGUACAUCAGUGUG